GUCAUUAACAGAGGAAGGAAUUUUACAGCCUUGUAUAUUUGUCUGGGUAUAUUAUUAGUUUGUACCAAAGAAGUUGACUGAUGUGUGUGUGUGUGUGUGUCUCUUCUUUUUUUUGGGGUUGAAAUCCAUAGAUAGAAGCAGUGGAGUGGCCAUUUCCUGACUUGAGUGAGGCAUCACCAGGGUUGCCAGAGUCAGAUGAGCUGAACAAUGUUGGGGACUUUUUGUCCAGGAAGGAACUGGAUCUUGUCAUCAACUUGCCAAUGAGAAAUGGAGGUUCCAGGAGAGUGUCUUCUUUCAUUACCCAGGGGUACAGGACCAGGAGGAUGGCAGUGGACUAUGCAAUCCCUCUGGUGACUGAUGUCAAGUGUGCCAAGUUGCUGAUUGAGGCUUUGCAGUUUGUGGGUGGUGAGCCCAAAUUGCAGACCUCAGUGGACUGUAUCAGUGCUGGACGUGUGGCAAGACUGCCUGGACUGGUGGACAUCCAUGUUCACAUGAGAGACCCUGGACAAACUCACAAAGAGGACUGGUCCAGUGGCACCAGUGCUGCCCUGGCUGGAGGCUUCACUGUGGUCUGUGCCAUGCCCAACACUGAACCUCCUGUGGUAGACAGGGCUUCACUUGUUGGUGCCCUUGAGGUUGCUAAGGCUGGAGCCAGGUGUGACUAUGCACUGUACUGUGGAGCCACUGGGACCAACUUUGAGAGAGUGGCAGAGUUGGCACCACUGGUGAUGGGGAUGAAGAUGUACUUGAAUGACACCUUCAGCACUUUGCAGAUGGAUGACAUGUCUGUGUGGCUUGAGCACAUGAGGAACUGGCCAACAGAUUCACCAAUUGUUGUCCAUGCUGAGGACAAAACCAUGUCAGCUGCCAUCUUUGCUGCAUCCCUGAUCCCACGCUCUUUGCAUGUCACUCAUGUGUCCAAAAAGUCUGAGAUCUUGACCAUUAAAGCUGCCAAGGCCAAGGGCAUUGCUGUGACCUGUGAUGUAUGUCCACAUCAUUUGUUCUUGUCAACUGAGGAUGUUCUUAAAUUGGGGUCCAAGAAAUCUCAAGUUAGACCAGUUUUGGGAUCUAUGGAUGACCAAAAUGCACUUUGGGACAACAUGGACGUCAUUGACUGUUUUUCCACUGAUCAUGCACCACAUUUGAUGGAAGAAAAGAUUAACAACGGGGUUCCAGGGUUUCCAGGACUUGAGACAAUCCUGCCUUUGUUGCUGACUGCUGUUCAUUCUGGAAAACUCAGUCUUGAGGAUUUGCUGUACAAGCUACAUGCAAGACCCAUGGAGAUCUUUGGCCUCCCAGAGCAGCCAGAAACUUAUGUAGAAGUGGACUUGGAUGAGGAGUGGACCAUUGGUGACAGACCAUUUUUCACCAAGUGCAACUGGAGCCCAUUUUCUGGCAGGAAAGUCAGGGGCUCUGUCCAAAGAGUUGUUCUCAGGGGCAGAGUGGCCUUUGUGGAUGGAGUGGUUUUGGCUGAAAAGGGCACUGGAGUGAACAUGAAGGACUCUGUGAGUCCCUUGAGGCCCAGGAAAAGAGGAGUCAGUUUGACUGUUGUGGACAAAUUCAUUGCCAGGGAUGUGAAGCUGGGCAAACAUGAGCCUCUGAGUGUCAAAUUAUCUGCCCCUGGAUUGCCAAAAGAAGACCAUCAGCACAGCAGCAUAGACCUUGACUGGAAGAGAGAAGAUGGUGUCAGGUCCCCUCAGCCUGGGCAAGGGAUGAUAGUGUCACCAUCAGUGUCAAGGUCCGCAACACCUUUGUCCUUCACCAGUAUGCAUCAUGGACAGCACAAACCCAUUGGCUUUGACCCCUCUCUUCACCAUCCAUUGCACACCUUCUGUCCAGCACAUGAGUUUGUGGGCCAGAGUUUGCUGAGUGUGGACAAGCUGACCAAGGAGCAGCUCAACACCAUUUUCUACUAUGCCAACUUCUACUUGUCUGCUUUCAAGCACCAGAGGUCCAUUGAGCCUGUGUUGAAAGGAAAGCUGAUGGCAUCUGUGUUUUAUGAAGUGAGUACAAGGACCAACUGCAGCUUUUCUGCUGCAAUGCAGCGCCUGGGGGGUUCAGUGGUCUCCAUGGACACAGUUUCCUCUUCAGUGAAGAAAGGAGAGUCAUUUGAAGAUUCCAUGAUCAUGAUGAGCACAUAUGCAGAUGUCAUUGUCCUGAGACAUCCUCAACCUGGAGCUGCAAAGAAAGCAGCCAGUAUUUGUGCAAAGCCUGUGCUGAAUGCUGGGGAUGGCACAGGAGAGCAUCCAACCCAAGCACUCUUGGAUGUGUUCACCAUCAGGGAGGAAAUUGGCACAGUCAAUGGUCUGGUCAUCACCAUGGGAAAGCUGAUGGCAUCUGUGUUUUAUGAAGUGAGUACAAGGACCAACUGCAGCUUUUCUGCUGCAAUGCAGCGCCUGGGGGGCUCAGUGGUCUCCAUGGACACAGUUUCCUCUUCAGUCAAGAAAGGAGAGUCCUUUGAAGAUUCCAUGAUCAUGAUGAGCACAUAUGCAGAUGUCAUUGUUCUGAGACAUCCUCAACCUGGAGCUGCAAAGAAAGCAGCCAGUAUUUGUGCAAAGCCUGUGUUGAAUGCUGGGGAUGGCACAGGAGAGCAUCCAACCCAAGCACUCUUGGAUGUGUUCACCAUCAGGGAGGAAAUUGGCACAGUCAAUGGUCUGGUCAUCACCAUGGUUGGAGACCUGAAACAUGGAAGGACCGUUCAUUCUUUGGCCAAGUUGCUGACUUUGUACAAUGUGCAAUUGCGCUAUGUUUCUCCAGCUGGAUUGUCCAUGCCUCAGAGUGUGAUUGACUUUGUCAAGUCCUGCCAAGUCUCCCAGUCUGUUUAUGGAAGCCUUGAGGAAGCUCUACCAGGGACAGAUGUGCUCUAUGUCACCAGGAUCCAGAAGGAGAGAUUUGAAUCUGAGUUGGAGUACAAGAAGUGCUGUGGGAAAUUUGUGGUAACUCCUCAACUGAUGACAAAGGCCAAGCAGAAGAUGAUCGUCAUGCACCCAUUGCCAAGACUCGAUGAGAUCCUCACCGAUUUCGACACUGACCCAAGAGCUGCCUAUUUCAGGCAGGCAGAAAAUGGCGUGUACAUUCGAAUGGCAGUUCUCUCACUUACUCUGGGCAAGACCAGUUCUCAUGUCGGACAAUUGUGAAUUAUGAUAUGACGCUUUUUUUCAAAUUUUUGUUUUGAUUUGUUACAACUUAACGUAUUUUGGGACAUGGUGAAAUUAACUCCUCGAUUUUGACUUCACGGGUCAUAUGAUUUGUCUCUCUCGGCUGUUUUGUUGAUGAAAGAAAAUUUUGUGCAAUAUUUUUCGACUCGUAUGUGAUGUGACUAUUCUGGAAAAAAUAGACCUUUGGAUUUUAA